GACGGCGACCUAGAGGAUAUGUCAGUAGUAAAAAACAAAUCUCCAAAGGAGGAAGGGGUCCCAAAUAUUGGCCGUCGAUAUCGGAGAAGCGCGAGAGGCCCUCGCAGAAGUAUUCCGUUCGCAGGCCUCCGCGAGGAGACUCCGCUACUAAGUAGGACGUUCCUUCGAGGGCCAACUCGCCCUUCGCCGACGCCACAAAUCGUGUACUGCCUCCACCGCGCGCCAAGAGGCGGGUAGCAUCACUGGCAGCACACGAAUGUGGCUGGGAGCGCUUCCGCUGCACCUCCACCAUCCCCCGCUGUAUCGCCGAGGCGAUAGAACAAAGGAAUGGCAUCAACAGCGCCACGCAAGCGCUCGUGGUGGACACCAGACCACCCACCACGACAUACGUCCGGGAGAGUGACCAAGCCAUUCGUAGUCGUGAUGGGCCCGAACGAUGUCAGGCCUCUCCGACGCCGGCCGAACCAUCUACACGAUGGUUCAGGCAACGACGGCAGUGGCGACCCGACUACCAUAUAGUGUACGCCGCACAGCUGUCUUCCUCACCCUGAUCAGCAGGGCGCACGACCUAUUCCAAAAGGAAUAUACCGACGCCUGCCUACGGGAGAGCCUAUCCGGCGCAUGCCCAUGGUAGCCAGUUGGCCUGGUGUCCGACGACGACAAUCCUUCGCCGAUGCCACGAAUACUGAGUCGCCUCUGCCGCGCGCCAAAAGGCGAGAGACAUCAUUGACGACGUAGAAACGUAGCUGCAAACACACGUGCGGCACCUCCGCUGACUCCCAUUGCCACCGCAAAAGCGAUGGCGCAGUUGAGCAGCAUCGACGGCGUCACGCGAGCGCUCGCGAUGGAUACAAGUCCACCCACCGCAGCCUACGACUGGGAGAGUUACCAAGCCAUUCGUACGCCUUGGUGGGCCCAAACGUUGUCAGGUCUCGCCAUCGCUGACAGAAUCAUCGAGCCGACGAUCCAGGCAACGACGGCAGUGGCGACCCGACUACCACAUAGUGUACACCGCGCAGUGGUUCUCAAUCUACAGCACGACAACCGCAACUCCCAAAAAGAGGAGAGCUGCAGAUGUCCGCUUGAUAAGAGCACAUCCGGUGCAACGUC